AUGCAGACCACAUGUUCUAGAAGCUCCCGUCAACAACCAAACACUCAACACCCUUAUCAGUCUGUCCCUCGUGAGCCUUAUCAGUUUUUCUCUGCGUCGGAUGCCACUAUUUUCGGUUCACAAUGGACUGAAGAUGGCAACGAAGAUGCAGAGAUCGUGUCUGACCGUAAAGAGAGACGAAAAUGGUCACCAACAGAAGAUGGGGUGCUGAUAAGUGAUUGGUUGAACACCUCCAAAGACCCAUUGGUUGGAAAUGAGCAGAAAGCAAUUGCGUUUUGGAAACGAAUUGCUGCUUAUUUUGCUGCGAGUCCAAAGCUGGCUGGUUUGCAAAAGAGAGAGACAACACACUGUAAACAAAGGUGGGGAAAGAUUAAUGAGGGCGUGUGUAAGUUUGUUGGGUGUUAUGAAGCUGCAACGAAACAAAGAUCGAGUGGACAGAACGAGAAUGACGUUUUGAAAAUGGCUCACGAGAUUUUCUACAAUGAUUACAAGGUGAAGUUCACACUAGAGCAUGCAUGGUUGGAGCUUCGCCAUGAUUAG